UUAAAUGUUUCUUGUAUGGUAUGUAGCUCUUUUGUGAAUGGUAAAUGUUGUCGGGUCCUCAGUUCCGUCAAAGACCACGUGACUCGUAUGCAUAUUAUCAUAUCUCACUGCGUGAAAAUUACUGAAGGAGCGAGAUCACGGAUUCUAGACGCAAUAUGCUGGAUUUAAUUUGAUUAGUUACGUUGGGAAAAUAAUACAUAAUGGUGUAACUUUAAAACUAUUCAACAACUUGUGGAUUACCUCGACUUUCUCUCACAAAUCGUUCGAAUUUUCAUUUUUGGUUUAUUACAUGUGGAUUAUGUGUUAAAAUGAAAAUUCUACUUGUCCUCAGUCUUGCUGGCUUAUGUACAGCCGCAGUUGUGCCGAGCGCAGACUUCGAUAGAUCUGUUAUGAAAUUCAUCUCAGACAAUGAAUACAAAGGUGGACAAGUGGGUGUGAUGAUAGAGGACAGAUUAGCGUUUGCUAAGGGUUAUGGCAAAAACCACGAACAUCAAGAUAUCUAUGUCCACAAUUUGAUUCCGGUAGGCUCCCUCUCCAAGGCCUUUACAGCGGUAACCAUACUAAAACUGGUGGAAGACGGUUCCUUGGACCUUAAUGCGAAAGUUUUUGGAAAAGGUGGUAUACUUAGUGCAUUCAAACCUUGGGAUGAAGCAACUGUCGAUCAACGGCUAUAUGACAUCACCGUCGACCAUCUAUUACGUCACACGGGAGGUUGGGACUACACCAAAUCCAAACUGAUGGAACCGCUUCUCAACUCCGCUCUCCUUGCAAACGGCUACAACAUUGAAAAUAUAACAGCGGAAAUGAAACUUCCGGAACUUACAACUCCGAUCGAGGUCAUUCGCUUCAUGAUGUCCAGACCUCUUGACUUCACACCCGGAACCCAGUCCGCAGUGUCAAACCUUGGCUAUUCCAUUCUCGGUCAAAUCAUUGAAAUGAUUACGGACUUUGAUUAUGACGAGUACGUCAAAAAGCACGUGAUGAUUCCGUGUGGAAUGAUGUACACCAAAAUUGGUAGACCACACGUGUUUGCCAAAACUCGCGAUACCAACGAACCUCUUAUGAGCGAUGUUGCGAAAGUGAGCCCUGAAUUUGUCGGCCCCGCUUUAGGAUGGGAAUCUAACAUGUACGAUAUAAUGAGAUUUUCUCGUUGUUUGGAUGGAUCUGGAGACUUCAAGAUCUUGUCCGACAAAUCCCUAAAUUCUUUGAUAGCGAAACCCUCAGCAGUCCCGGUUCAGCAUAGCAACAGCUGGAUCGGCGCUGCAUUUACCGUUAACAGCCGAGGGUCAAUCUGGAUUGAGGGAGAAUUCUUCACGGAUGAUCUGCUCUUUUUCCACCAUGGACCCCUUGUUAAAGACGCCGCCACGCAACAGUCGAAUGCUGCUCCGGGAAUGCCUUCGGCAUAUGCCGCUUUCUUUACUGGCCAAAUGUUUAACCCUACCAAAAGCAGUAUCCACAAUCUGGUGAAAGCCGAAAAAUCUUGGUCCGAUGAAAAUUUAUUUUUGGACGAUGUGGCCGACGUUAAAACAAAGUAUGGGAAAAUUGAGCAAGUUGUUAAGUAUCAGCUUGAGGAACAUCAUCUCCAUGGCUAUGCUCGUGCUUUGUCCCUGCUUCGUUACGACAUCAAAUGGAUAAAUGGUUUCUCUUAUAAAAAGAAGACCUAUUUUGUAGUCAUUGCCCAAAAAGUAGAAAAACCCCUAUUUGAUAAGGUUCUUAUCACCCCUGGACUUACAGAAGCGACUUUGACGCAACACAAACUGCAUCUGGAAAAAUCGGGCUUCAACUUGACCUACUUACAAAACUACAUGUCCCACUCACACGGUGGCUCCGUCUUCCUGGCUGUAUUCCGCAAGAACUCCUAUUCGAACUCGACCGUCAUCCGAUAUGGUCUACAACAUUACACGCAGUCAUACAAGAAGCUCAUUGAGCUGUACGCAGAGGAAGGGUACAUUCCGACGUCACAAUCGUUGAUGUAUAACGGGGUGGACGGUCUGGUCAGCUUCAUUCUUCAGGAGGACGAGAACAGGAAGUCCCAGAAAGAUUAUCGGUCAUACGAGGGCAUCACACAGUCGCGACUCAAUAAAUUGGUCACCGGAAACGCAAAGUACAAGAGGAAACUAGUUUAUUUGGACGAAGCAGACUAUUUUGGGAAACCGCAAUUUUCAGCAGUAUUCGUAAAUGACAAAGUCAAUUCAAUGCUUUUUAAUUCGAAGUUAUCGGUGAAAGAUAUGUCAAAAAUUAUCCAGCGAGAGCAAAUGUACGGCAAGCUUCCCCGUAUCAUCGUUGCUUACGGGGACAAAGGCUCGCUAUGGUACGCAAUGUUUCUCGAGAAGUAAAGCAGAACAACUGACUGUUUGAACAGACAUCCUGUAGAACUGACAAUGUGGUGAAAGU